AUGUCGCUGAAUGGGCUUGACGACGAAGUGAUAGCUCAGGCGUUGCAGAACGUUUCAACAGAAGCAGGAGGAUGGUUUCUGCUCAGAUAUGCAAGUCGCGACACCGUGGCGUUGUUGAAUGGUGGCACAGGAGGUGUGAGUGAAGCCAGACGAGCUAUCCAAGGUUAUGAAGAGAAGUCACCAUUGUACGGUCUGGUUCACUAUCGACGGAAGAGGUUCAUUCUGAAAUAUGUUCCUGAAGGUACUUCUCGACUGCUGCAAGUUCGUCUGGCAGUACAGUUUCAGUCUGUUCUCGAUACCUUCAGUCACGAUACCGUUUUCCCCUUCACCAAUGCCGAUGAGUUAAGUGAAUCUGCCCUCCGACUAUCAACCAUGUCGCACUCCUCCGGCUCGAAAACUCCUUCGCAGACGUCGCUUCGUUUAAAUGAAAUUGCUGAAGAUAACGAAGAGGGUCCUAGCAUGAAGGAGGAGCCGAUUCAAAGUAGUGUAGUACCACAACUGGAGAAGCAGAGGGACGACCCCGGCAUCACAGAUGGCUUACCUGCCAGCACUAUUCGAGCAAAAGCGAUGUUGGCGAAGCGCAGACAGGAGAGCAUGCAGUCAGAGACAAAGGUCGACGCAUGGCAAAUAGGUCAGGAACCUUCAGCUUCUGCUGAGGAAACUGUCGUGGCACCUUCUCCAGAAGCUCCUCCCAAAUCAACGAAAGAACAAUUUCCACCAAGAUCCAGCUCGAUAAUCAUCGAUAAGGACUUGCCUGUACCACCUGCAGAGAAGAUCUCGACUGGCUUGCCAAAGGGCGGCACCGACACGUAUCCGGAAUACCUCCACGAUGUGGUUAUUCCAUCCUUCGACUCUGAUUCUGACGACGAUGCAAGGCGGCCCGUACCAAAGGAAUAUAACCCUAUUCGCUACUCGAACCACCUCAGUGCUGCUGAAUCGACUAACAUUAGCCAAUGGACAAACAAUGUCGCUGCCUCUACAAGCUCAAAACACGAUCGCGCUUUACGUCCUCACCCGGAAUCGCAAAGGCGUCCAAGGACUGCUGGCUACUCUGAAGACAUGGUCUCUGUGAGGCGAGUUGCCAAUCUGCCCACAUCAGUCCGCGUCUCGAGUCGAAUCUCAAGCCAACCGUCGCGACCAGGAUCUCAGCAAUCCACAAGGAGUGUACCAGCUCGUUUCGUACCAUCAGCAAACCUUCCCCCACCACUCCCUUCACCUACUGAACCUACGAUACCUGUUUCGCGACCCACUGCAAGUCGAAUGCAAUCGCAGACAUCAACACUGUCUGCAGAGAGCUCUAAUGUGUCGCCCGAGAAAAUGCGACUUAUGAAAGCAUUGCAGAUGCGGAAACGGAAUCAACUCCUCGCUCAAAGAUCUGCCCCAGCAACUGCAUUGGUGCCUCCUAGCACCAUGGCAAGCACAGACAGCACCCAGUCUGGCCUUUCCGAUCUGUCCACAGCCGCCUCUUCCACGAACAAUGCAAGUCGCAUGGCCAAUUCGCAAAUCCCUGAAAUAGCUAGCAUUGAUGAAUCCGAAACCACUUCACCAAUUUCCGUCAUCACGAUAUCCGAUCACCAUUCCACCGAUGCAACAUCGCUAGAAAUGAGCAUCAUCGUUAACAAGUCACGAGCCUCUCUUUCUUCGGACACAAAUAGCUCGACCACACCGACAGCGAAUGAUGGGCGGCAGCAACGCGCAGAUCCAUGUACAAACCAGGAGACCUCUAUAGAUGAUACCAAUACUUCCAAUAGCGCUUCACACGGCCCAGUCAUAGUGUCAGGACCAGACGAAUCCUCCGCAGCCAAAAGUGAUCGCAUCACCACGAUCAAUCACCCCGAGUUCAAUCAGCACGAGCGGCAAGAUUUGGCCUCUGUCCAGAGUCUCGAAUCGCAGCCCAUGUCUGAUUCGGUGUCCGCAAACCAGCCGAACAAGAAGCGACACCAAUUUGAGGGUCGUAUUACAAUUCCAGGUGCUUUGACCGACCCCUCUGAGGUAUCUGAUUCAGAAUCCUUCAUGGAAGAGCUACAGAACGCAACUGUACAGGAAGCAACAUCCAUGUCCGUCAAUAGAGCUCCGAUGACACCGGUCUUGUCAAGGAUCCCAACCAGAGAUAUGUCGCGCGAUCGUACCUACUCUGACAUGUCAAACACAAAACAUCGAUCUCAUUCGUACGGCAGUCAAGCGAGCACUCCCGAGAAGCCAAGGGCGACCAGUAGAGCCGGGAGCACGAGAAGCGUUUCGACUGCGCUGCCACAAUGGCCACCUCAAUCAACUGAACCCGUACCAGCAUUGCCCAAGCAGAAAGCUCAAAUAUCAGCAGGCAUUUCGACCCGAGUCAAGACGUUCGAAGGUCUCAGCCAUCCUGAUAGCGAUGCGUGCUCGGUAGCUGCGGAAAAGGAUCACACACGUGGAACGAUGCUUUCUGGCAUGCUCAAGCGGGCAUCUUUCCUGAAUUACUCCAGUCGCACUGAUCGCACGCCCGAUAAGGAGGUGCCUAGCCCAUCACCUUCUCCUCGCACGGCGGUCUUGGAGGAAGCAAUUGCGAAAGCCAAUGCACGUCCUGUUGUUCAGCGGCCUGGAGCAGGUACUGAAGUGUACUCACCUACGCAUAAAGGUGAAACUGUUUCUAUUACCGCUCGUAUUGUUAGAAAUCCGAGCAACGGUCCACAAGGACCAGGUGAUGACGCUCAAAUGCAUUGGAGUCCUUUAAUUGUACAGCAUGAAACCAGAGAAGAACACGAUUUACCGUCGCCUCUUUCACACGAUACUACUCAUUCGAGCGAUUCUUUUGCGCCAAGUACAACAUCAGAAAGACGACACUUUUCGUUUUCAUCUCACAGAGCAAACUCCAGGAACUUGUCGCCGGUGGAGAAGAGGUCACAAAGACCUUCGAUCACAAGUAGUCCCAAAAAGCAAUCGAGACCGCCAAGUGACACAUCCUCAAUCACUGAAGAAAGACGAGCCUCCAGGACUAGUCGUGUCCUGAAACGCUUGUCAGGGUUUGGAAAACCACGUACUAAAGCCUCCGGAAUUACCUCGCCAACACAAGAGUCGCUACAUACAGAGACCAUACAAGAGCAAGCAGAAAUGCCCGAACACAAAACACGAUCAGUCGUGGACAUUGGAGAAGUCAAUGUACAAUUUCCUGAAGGUCUUCUGUGGAAGCGUCGAUUUCUGCGAGUGGACAAUCAAGGCUACCUUAUCUUCGCACCACCGAUCAACGACUUCAGUACUCACGGCAAAAAUCGAGAAAUCCAUCUCGACGAGCUGUAUCAGCCGGCUCUGCCAGAUUUGGAGCGCGAGGAGAUGGCGUGGAGUAUUAUUCUUGACCUCAAAGCUGGCGGAACCGUUCAAUGUGCGUGUGGCAGUAAGGAAGCUCAAAUGUCGAUACUUGACAUGCUCCUCAACGCCCACAGUGCUUAUAAUCAACUCUACGCUGGCUGA